ACGUUUUCUGUUACUUCUAUGUUCCGAAGCUCGGAGAGGAAGCGUUUUGAAGAUGGCUGACCGAAGGGACUAUGACUACAGGAGGACCAGAUCUGGAAGUGAGGAGAGAGGAAUCAGCAGGAGUUAUGACCGACAAUAUGACCGAGGAGGCGAGCAUUUCUUUAGGCGAUCUCCACCAAGAUGCUUCUCCUGUGGAGAACGAGGUCACUAUGCUAAUCAGUGUCGGUACAACAGACCUGCGAUCGAGAGUCGUCCGUCGACAUCUUUCCACAACGUUCAAAGAGGCCGAUCAACAUCGCGAAGAAUGGAGGGAUCGAGGAACGCGAGCGCAUCUACAUCCCAGGAUCCGGAACUGCGUCAGCAAUUGGAGGAGCUCACUAAGAGUUUGGCCAGUAUGUCCAAGUUUGUCCAAGCAGAGAAACUGAAGAAGGCAAAGGAGGAGAAAGCGAAGAAAGAGGCGGAGGAGGAUCAGCAAAGAGUAGUGGCUGAGAAGUUGGAGCAGCAAAGAAAAGAACGAAGAAGACUGGAGAAGUUACGAAAAGAGAAGGAGAGAUUGGCGGAGAUCGAUAAGAAGGUGGAGCUCCAGAUUGAAAUCAAGACAGGGGAGUUUUUCGACCGAGUCGAAGCAAAUCUGGGACCGGCACUGACUCUAGCCCGCAAGGUGAAGGGCAAAAAACAAGUGGUCUACGUAUCUGACCCUGAACCAGGUUUAGGGAAGGACAGCGACAGCAGCGCAACGGAAGAGAUCCGAGCUAAGACAGGGCGCCUGGUGAUUAGUGAGAAGUGAAAACGUGGUUCUGAACUUGAGUUCGAGGACAACCCUUUGAUGCUGACACCUGCGAAGCGGACUCCGAAAGAG